UGCUAUGAAGCAAAUAUUAUUUGAGGUUACGCUCUGGGGUCAAGGGUCGGCGAAACAUCCAUAACAUGUGCACGUUGAGCGAGUGGAGCGGUAUGUUUUCGUAACGAAAUGGUAGGAGUUUGAAAAGACAUGGAUAUUGAGGACAAUACAGACCCUAAAAAGGAUGAUGGGACUGUUCUCGCAUGUAUAUGUGAUGAAAAUGGAGAAAAAUUGGGAACACCCUUUGAUAUCCCACUUUCAGUAACAUCAGAUCAGCUGCAGCUUUUAUGCAAUUCACUUUUGCAAAAUACAGAGCCAAAACCGUAUGCUUUUUUUGUAAAUGACAAUGAAAUAGUAAAAGAUCUUGGAUCUGUGAUAAAAGAAGGAAAUAUCUCGACUGAAAAAACUAUUUCAAUUGUUUAUCAACCUCAAGCUGUAUUCAAGGUAAUUGCUGUGACAAGAUGUACUUCAUCUAUAGAAGGACAUACCGAAGCUGUUCUUUCAGCAUUCUUUAGUCCAAGUGGAAGGCAUCUAGCCAGUGGUUCUGGUGAUACCCGAGUUAGAUUCUGGGAUUUGAAUACAGAAACACCUCAAUUUACAUGCGAAGGACACAAACACUGGGUUCUAUUUAUCGCGUGGUCACCAGAUGGAAAGAAACUUGCAUCAGCUUGUAAAAAUGGACAGAUUUGUGUAUGGGAUCCUUUCACUGGAAAGCAAGUUGGCAAAAAAUUAGUCGGGCACAAGCAAUGGAUUACAUGGCUUGCAUGGCAACCUCUUCAUUUAAAUGGUGAAUGCAGACAUCUGGCAAGUGCUUCAAAGGAUGGCUCAGUUCGAAUCUGGGAUGUAAAGACAGGUCAAUGCAUCCGUUCUUUGACAAGUCAUUUACAAUCUGUUACUUGUGUGAAAUGGUCUGGGGAAGACUUAUUAUACACCUCAUCACAAGAUCGAACAAUUAAAGUUUGGAGAAGCAAAGAUGGUGUCUUAUGUAGAACUUUAGAGGGCCAUGGGCAUUGGGUGAAUACUAUGACAUUAAAUACGGAUUAUGUAAUGAGAACCGGCGCGUUUGAGCCUGCAGAUUUUGGAUUGAAACAGAAUAUGUUGAAUUACCCACCUACUACUUUGCAGAAAAGAGCAAACGAGAGAUAUCAAAAUGUAACGAAUAGCCUUCAAGAGCGAAUGGUUUCUGGUUCAGAUGAUUUUACACUAUGUAUGUGGAAGCCAGCUGAAGAAAAAAAGUGUCUGACGAGAAUGACUGGACAUCAGGCUGUGGUUAACGAUGUUAGAUUCUCUCCUGAUGGGCGCAUCAUUGCUUCUGCAUCUUUUGACAAAUCAAUAAAAAUUUGGGAUGGUAAAGUUGGAAAGUAUUUGGCUUCUCUGAGGGGUCAUGUUGGACCCGUUUAUCAGAUUUCUUGGUCAGCGGAUAGCAGACUUCUGGUCAGUGGUAGUGGUGACAGUACGUUGAAGGUGUGGGAUGUUCAUAAACGCUCACUGUUGCUUGAUCUUCCUGGCCAUGCAGAUGAGGUUUACACUGUGGAUUGGAGUCCUGAUGGGCAAAGAGUCGUCAGUGGAGGAAAAGAUAGAAUACUAAAAAUCUGGAGAAAGUGAAGUGUCUUUUACAACAGACAAAUAGGUUAAGAAAAGCGGAUGAAGGAUUCUGAAUAUCGAAGGCCGGUUAGUCGAGCCGCUGCUUAUGCUGGGGGAAUAUCAUUGAAACUAUGUUUGAAGAUUUGCUCCAUUCAAACCUACUGGGCAACAUACUACAUGUAGUUGAAAUAAUUUUUUAGUACAGUAAACUAUUACUGCACCAUUUUAUGUGAUUUACCAAAAAAAUAUUGGAGAUAUAUAACAAUAACAGUCAG